GAAACCCAGUGGUAGACAUUGAUUUUAUGAGGUGGCGAUCUAUUACACAACUAGGAAUAUUUGUUAACAUGAUAUACACAAUUCGAUUUGGCCACUAUAGGAAAUUGGAGAAAGAGACCAAGUAGCAUUGGAAGACUGUUUGCAGAAUAUAUGAUGAUUGCCAUAGACCAAACUAUGCCUUUAUAUGCGCUCAACUGAAAAACAUGGGUGUGAAACGCUCUUACGUCACAUGGACGCUGACAGUGACGGGUAAAGCCGACUCCCUCCGAUCCCACCUUUGCCACUACUCUCCAUCACCGCGCACGCACCAUCGGGACCACUGGGAUGUAGUUGGACGCAACAGACGAAGAAGUUUACCCAAGCUGAACGCGUUCGUUUGCGAAAUAAUUUUUCGUUUGUGCGAUAAAGCUAGGCCUGCAUUUUGGUAUUAUUGUGCACAACGACAUUCACUUCUACAAACAGUCGGUCUAACUCAAAUUAGCCUACAAGUCUUGUGCACGUUUUGCGUGACUUCACUUAUGUCCCGAAAAUCAAGCGACCAUGACUACAACCUACGGAACAUGAGCAACGCGAUAGGCGACAGGUGGAGGAAAGUUAACGAUGGAGGAGAGCGGAGUCUCAUCAAGACUCCGUCCAACGCGAGCAUCAGCAGUCAGGGGGCAGUGCCCGCGGCGGCACCCGCUACCUCCACCGGGGACCUGGAGCGAGCGGCUCGCAAGCAGUUCCAGCAAGAUGUCACGCCCGCUUCCGUCUAUGUCCUGGCAGUGUUCUCCGCUCUGGGAGGCUUCCUCUUCGGCUACGACACCGGAGUGGUGUCGGGAGCGAUGCUGCUGAUCAAGCGGGAGAUGAAUUUGAGUUUCAUGUGGCAGGAGGUGCUGGUGUCAAGCGCGGUAGCUGCGGCCGCGUUGUCUGCGCUCGCAGGUGGCUUUCUCAACGGAGUUUUCGGGCGGAGGGUGUGCAUCUUGCUGGCCAGUUUCAUCUUUUCCGUGGGGGGUAUAGUGAUGAGCGCCGCUCCAAAUAAAGAGACCCUUCUGGUUGGACGCCUCAUAGUCGGGCUUGGACUUGGUGUAGCCUCCAUGACGAUCCCAGUGUAUAUUGCGGAGUCGUCUCCCCCACACCUGCGUGGUCAGCUGGUGACUGUUAACACACUCUUCAUUACCGCCGGGCAGCUUGUCGCCAGCCUGGUGGGCGGAGCUUUCAGCUACCUGCACCGCGGCGGCUGGAGGUACAUGUUUGGCCUGUCUGUGUUGCCGGCGGUGCUGCAGUUUCUGGGUUUCCUCUUCCUGCCGGAGAGCCCCCGCUGGCUCAUCCAGAAGGGCCUGACCCAGAAGGCCCGCCGUGUGCUCAGCCAGAUCCGCGGCAACCAGAACAUCGACGAGGAGUACGACAGCAUCAAGAGCAGCAUCGAGGAGGAGGAGAAGGACUGUGGAGGAGAGGGUCCAGUAAUCUGGAGGAUGUUGUCCUACCCCCCUACUCGGCGGGCAUUGAUUGUGGGUUGCGGCCUUCAGAUGUUCCAACAGCUUGCAGGCAUCAACACCGUCAUGUACUACAGCGCCACCAUCUUGCAGAUGUCAGGCGUGCGGGACGAUAAGCUGGCCAUAUGGCUAGUGGCGGUCACUGCGUUCACUAACUUCCUCUUCACGCUGCUCGGCGUGUGGUUGGUGGAGAGGCUGGGCCGCCGCAGACUCACCCUGGGGAGCAUCAUGGGCACUGCUCUGAGUCUGUCUCUGCUGGCCGUGGGCUUCCUGCUCUCCGCUCAGCACAGCCCUCCAGUUUCACUCCACACAACCGACCCGACCACACCCAACUCCUCCUGCUCAGCCUAUCUGUCAUGUGAGCCGUGCAUGCUGGACCCCAGCUGCGGCUUCUGUUACCGUGAGAACGGGUCAGCAGUGUUCUCCUCCUCCUGUGAGGCGGUCAAUGGAGGCUCCACCGAGAGAGCAGCAUGGGGCAGGUGCUCUAACAUGACCGUGAUGAGGGAUCAGACCUACUGGGCCUACAACUUCUGCCCCACCUCCUACUCCUGGCUGGUGCUCCUGGGCCUCGUGCUCUAUCUGGCCUCCUUUGCUCCAGGCAUGGGUCCGAUGCCGUGGACAGUGAACUCUGAGAUCUACCCUCUGUGGGCAAGAAGCACAGGAAAUGCCUGCUCAGCCGGGGUCAACUGGACCUUCAACGUCCUGGUGUCCGUCACAUUCCUCCACAUGGCACAGUACCUGACCUACUAUGGGGCAUUCUUCCUGUACUCCAGCCUUGCUUGGCUGGGAUUCGUGUUUAUUUAUGGCUGUUUGCCCGAGACAAAGGGCCGUCGGCUGGAGGAAGUGGAGUCCCUGUUUGAUAAUCAAUUGUGCUCUUGCGGGGUUACCGACUCUGACGAGGGUCGGCAGGUGGAGUACAUCAGGGUCAAAGGUAGCAAUUACCACCUGUCUGACAACGACGCCUCCGAUGUGGAAUAGACUGAGGGGGAGCAUGAUUACAGAAGCCUGCCAACACACAAGUGUACCCUCAUACACACACAAACACGAUCAUACGUACACAAAGUCAAACACAUUCACAUACACCAUGAUGUCUGAAGUCCUUCAACCCAGGGCCAUGUUCUGGUGUGAGUUCGGAGGUGAGUUUGUUCUACACCUUCAUGAUGGGUGGACCCUAUCUGCCCAAUCAGGUUCUGUCUCAGUUAUGACAUCACCACUAGAGGAUGAAGACACGGUGAAGGUUGGGGGAUAAUCCUGUUUAAAAGUUCAGACUUCAGCAUAGUACAAAGCUAUCAGUGUCUUAAUGAACAGUGUCACCAUUUUGAGUUUUCACACGUGCUACUGUCAUACUUGACAGAAGUGUUAUUACUGUUGUGAGUGUAUUGUAACAUGUAGACCAGUUUAUACCAACAGCAACUUACAUCAGGGUGGACACUAAUUUGCUGCCUUUACAGGCUCUAUAGUCUGAUCUGUCUAAAUUGAGACUUAAUUCUAACUAGAGCUCUUACUGACCCGGGCCUACUUUAACAAACAACAUACAGUACAUGACUACCAGGUCAUCGAUAUAACCCAACAAAGGGUACCUCAGGUACCCUAAUACGGACAGGGAGUAUUAAAAUGUAACAUUCAGUGCUUAGACCAGUUUGCCUUUGUCUAAUGAGCAUUUUGUCAGAAAACAGAAGCCGUCGGCCAUGGACGUUUUGCCUCAGGUGGGUUAUUGGUUGUCCAGUGACUUGUGUGCCAUUUGCUUUUGUGGUGGCCACCUAACUUGUUCUUACAAAAAGUUAUAGAGAAGUUACCUCCGCACACCUGUAUCAGGUCUGUAGGGUCGCAACGAUGGACGC